AUGAGGAAACUUUUGCCUCGGGAAGCUCUUCUGCCCCACCAUCUCCAAAGCACGAUAUGCAUCUGUCAAGCUAGCCAAGCUACUUUCUUUUCAAGACUCUAUUCCUCAGUGAAGAGGAAAGGGAAUACAUAUUGGCUCAGGACAAGGAGGUUGACAACUCUUUAUUUAGAUCUCAAAGAGAAAUUAAUUGGAAAAUUUGGUGACGAUUUCAAGAAUUCAGGUUCUAAUGAUGGAAAAGCAUCAGAGACAUCUGAAAGGGCCAUGGUUAGUCCUGCCCCAGAUUCUAACGUUGACCAAUUUUUGUCUUCUGGCCCUAUCACAGAUGAAGAAAGAAGGGGGAAUCAGAGAAAAAUUGAUAAGCUGAGGAAAGACAAAAUGCUUCUGAUGAAAAACUCUGAUCAGAAUGCACCUAGUGAUCACCCAAAAAUGUUUAUUAAAGAAAUUAGAAAGAGGAAAUUGCUGAUAGAUCUGGUUGGAAACAUUGAGUACUAUGCGAAGAAGAUUGGCUUUGUGUCUUGGAUAAAAGUCGAUCUUGUAGAGCUGGUCCAUGAACUGUUCCACAAUCCAACAAAUGACCCCAAGGCAUGGGCAUUUAAGAAGUUCCAAGAAGACAAAGCGAAGCAGAAAUUUGAAGGAUUGAAAACAACGUCAUUGUUCGUUAAAAAGGUCAAGGGUGUUACUCAUCCACGCACUAAUAAGACUAUGGUGAAUGUUAUGUGGCCACCUACAAAUAAAGCAAAAAGGAUCCCUAUCACUCAGUGUGUACCUAAUGGCUCUUUGAAUGACUUACUAUAUUGGGUAUAUGAUGAGGCUACAUCGAUUGUCGUAAUCAAGAUGAAAAAGGAUCAGAUUCAUCUUGUUGAUUCUAAGGCUUUGUUGAAAUUUGGCGAGCAUGAAAUUCAUACAUUAUUCAAGCAUCAACUUGUGGAGGAAAAUGAAAUGUUUGAAGCUGCUGCAAAGGAUUUCACCAGCAUGAUAGCGACAAUCAUUGAUAAGAGGCUGUGGGCAGGAGCAUUGGCGAAUUCUGAUGGUCAUCUUGUGGAGAACCCGUAA